GUGACCUCAUUGGGCUGAGUGCAGGGGUGGCGUGGGAUCAGGGUUAGAGGGAGAUUAACCACAUGGAGGCCUAUAAAGCUUCAGUGUAAUCCGCACCAGGGAGACAGACUCAGCAACAACUACUCCACAGAUGAUUUUCCUCAGCACUGACAGUGUUUAGAGCCACACGGAUGCUUUUAUAUUUGGGAUCAAAAGACGCGUCCUACCGUUAAACACAUCCUGUCUGCCACAAAAUAGCCUUCGUCCUCAUCAGAGACGUAAAGGAGCAAGAAGGGAAAAAUCAUGAAAAAGGGAAAGGUGAGCGAUGCCAACGAGCCUCCGAGUUACCAGGAGGCGACGGCAGGCUACGAGGAGAUGCAGGUCCAGUUCGCCUGGGACGACAAGGCCAUCCGGCGGACGUUCAUCAGGAAGGUGUACGCCAUCCUCAUGGUCCAGCUGCUCGUUACCGUGGCGAUAGUGGGCCUCUUCACGUUUUGCACACCGGUGAGAUUCUUCAUUCAGACUCACCCGAGCAUGUACAUGGCCUCUUACCUCAUGUUCUUCGCCACCUACAUCGCGCUGUCCUGCUGUGGAGAGCUGAGGAGGCAGUUUCCCUGGAACAUCACCCUAUUAGUGAUCUUUACCUUGAGCAUGGCCUUCAUGAUGGGAUUUGUGUCCAGCUUCUACAACACCAAGUCCGUGGUGCUGUGUCUGGGAAUCACCGCUCUGGUGUGUCUUUCUGUCACCGUCUUCAGCUUCCAGAGCAAGGUGGACGUCACGUCCUGUCAGGGAAUCCUCUUCUCCCUCUGCAUGGUCAUGCUGCUCUGCGCCAUCACCCUCUCCAUCGUGGUGCCGUUCGGAUACGUUCCAUGGUUACACGCAAUUUAUGCGGUGCUGGGAGCGAUCCUCUUCACCCUGUUCCUGGCAUUUGAUACUCAGCUGCUCCUGGGGAACAAGCGCUACACCAUCAGCCCGGAGGAGUACGUCUUCGCCACGCUCAGCAUCUACCUCGACAUCGUCUACCUGUUCAGCUUCCUCCUGCAGCUCACCGGGCAAGGCCGCGACUGAGCCGGCGCCAGCAGCAGCGCCAUGCAUGGAGCUCUCAGCAAACUCACCUCCAUCCGUUGCUCCACGAACGUCAGAACUUUGCGACUGAGAUUUGAGGUUCUUUUUUUUUUUUUUAUGUUGUGUCGUCAACACGGUCCUUGUCUUUUGUCAUAAACUGCACCUGCCUGAAAAGCAGUGAUGCUGCAGCUCCGGGGUCUGCUGUGGCCCCAGCGUCCUGCAGCGGGGUCCAGACUGUCAUAAUGCUGAUAAUAGGAUUAGGAUGCUUAGAUUAAAGUAUGAUCAGUGCUCUGUGUAGACAUUACUGAGGCAAAAAUGAGGAAUCUGCACUUUAAAGCUCAGCGGGUAUGAGUUUGUUCUAACAGUCAACGAAUAAACAGUCAACAUCGAUACAAUGUGUUUCUACUUAUUUUUCUGUACAGAACCUUAUAGAUGUAAAGGUGUGUGAUAGAGAUUUUCAUGAUCCAUUUGAGCAUAAAUACUAAUAAAAAUGUCUAAAUGGGGAAAAAUACAGCAGGAGUGAAAUCAGUUAUCAGAGUUUAUCUAACAAGAGGGCAGUGUUUGUGAAGCAGCAUCUACUGAGUCACAUUAAGCGGAUCACUAUAUAAGCAUUUGUAUCCCUAUGAAGAUAAAAUAUAUGAACAAAAGCUGAUAUUUUUAUAAAGAUGAGGCGUGUGCAUUGGAUUGAUGAAAUAAACCAGUUAUGGGCACCACUACGUCUGCUUUAUGAUGAAUCCCCUAAAAGGCAGCAAAAGGUAUUGAAACAAGACUUUUAUUAAAAAAGGGAAAAAAUGACAUAUUCAAAUUCAAAAAGAAAACCAAGACAGGAGGGAAAUCUUUUCUCAAUCAAUAAAAAAAACAGAAGUUACAGACAAUUAUAGCAACUCUGGCACAGGAAGACAAAAGUAGCCGAGUGGCUUUGCAAAAAGAAAAAAAAAUAUCAAAACCUCUUUCCACUAACAAAACUGUACAAAA